UUGUCAACUCUGGAAUGACUUGAAGAAAUAUCAAAAUAUUUUCUAUUAAAUUUAAAUUUGCUGUAAACAUAAAAGAAAAUUUAAAAAUUUCUUAACAAAAUGAGUCAUCAACUAUUCAGUCGUGAUUUCCACAUCGAGGCCAAUAUACCAGAAGGUCUAUUUGAGGCAUUUAUGGUCGCACAAGCCAAACUAUUAAAUCUUAAAGGAAAUAUCGAAAAAACAGCUCAAGGAUUUAAAGGUCAUUUGGAGGGUGAAAAAGAAACUAUGGAAAGAUUGCAAAAUAUUAUAGAGAAAGCUGAACAAUUUCUUAACAAAAUCAAAAGUAUAAUUUUUUCAGAGUUAAAGGAAAUUAAGCAAUAUACCGUGGAAAAUUUUAAUGUGAAAAAUUAAAAAGAAAAUUUUAACUUUAUAUCGGAAAUUUCUAAUAAUAAUGAUGACUUUAAUUUUUUCCCUGCAAAACCAAUAAAUCCGUUUGAAGAAUAAUCAAUUAAUGUGUUAUUUUUUGUUUUGUUUAUGCUGCUUGUA